AAUAUUGAAAUCUGCCCUGACACUCUCUCACGUAAGGCGAAAAAAUCAACACGAAGAAAGAAAAAUUUGGAAAAUUUUCAAUUCAACAGCUUCAAAAGUCUUCAGAGUUGUGGAAAAACGUAUCCUCUUAAAUGUGUGUGGAUAAAAAUUAUCAAAAUAUAAAAGCUCCCUUCAAGGGCCCAGGAAAAUAAGCAAAUAAUCAACAUCCUCCAUCCAAUCGACCAAAGGCACACCAACAACAACAACAUCGGCAGACAAGAAAAAGAUUGAGUAAUUUUUUUAGCAAAGAAAACAACAGACGGACAAGCAGGUAGUUCACACACACACACACACGUAUACCACUACUACUACUACGUUGUUGUCGUCUCGUUAAAGUCUAGACGAUCACCACUUACCUAGAACAAGGAAGCUAGGAAAGAAGAACUCACAAAGGCGUACAUUAACCUUGAAACAAUGCCCAACUCAAGAGCCUCGGCCGCGGCCGAAGUGGUCCACACUGGAUCCGGACCCCAGCCAUUGGUGAAAAUUGGCCACUAUCUGCUGGGUGCUACUUUGGGCACGGGCACCUUUGGUAAGGUCAAAAUUGGCGAACAUCAAAUGACCAAACAUAAGGUGGCGGUGAAGAUUCUGAACAGGCAAAAAAUCAAAUCCCUCGAUGUGGUGGGCAAGAUUAGACGUGAAAUUCAAAAUCUAAAACUCUUCCGACAUCCCCACAUUAUCAAGUUGUAUCAGGUGAUAUCCACACCCACGGAUAUUUUCAUGAUCAUGGAAUAUGUCAGUGGUGGCGAGCUCUUCGAUUACAUUGUCAAGCAUGGCAAGCUGCAGGAACACGAGGCCAGGCGUUUCUUCCAGCAAAUUAUUUCCGGUGUGGACUAUUGCCAUCGCCAUAUGAUUGUCCAUCGUGACUUGAAACCGGAAAAUCUGCUGUUGGACCACAAUCGCCAUGUGAAAAUUGCCGAUUUCGGUUUGUCCAACAUGAUGUUGGAUGGUGAGUUCCUGAGGACAUCAUGUGGCUCCCCGAAUUAUGCUGCUCCUGAAGUUAUCUCGGGCAAGUUGUAUGCCGGUCCUGAGGUAGACAUCUGGUCAUGUGGUGUAAUUUUAUAUGCCCUGCUGUGUGGCACCUUGCCUUUUGACGAUGAACAUGUUCCAACCUUGUUCCGGAAAAUCAAAUCUGGCAUUUUCCCCAUACCGGAAUAUUUGAAUAAGCAGGUGGUGAAUUUGGUGUGUCAAAUGUUACAGGUGGAUCCGCUGAAGCGAGCCAACAUCGAGGAGAUUAAAAAACAUGAAUGGUUCCAAAAGGAUUUGCCAUCCUAUCUCUUUCCCUCUUCGAUUGAACAGGAUUCCAAUGUCAUUGAUACCUAUGCAGUGUCGGAGGUAUGUUCGAAAUUCGGUGUCAAGGAACAGGAGGUGCACAAUGCUCUGCUGAGUGGUGAUCCCCAUGACCAAUUGGCCAUUGCCUAUCAUUUGAUAAUUGACAACAAGCGUUUUGCUGAUGAGGCUGCCAAGACGGAAAUAAAUAAUUUCUUUGUUGCCGGCUCACCACCGCCGGCGGCCCACUCACCAAAUGAGCCGCAAGAUCCUAAUUUUGGUGGUGGAUCUUCAUCGGGUACCUCCACGCCGGGUAGAACGUCCUUGACACCAUCCAUGAAACCCCAUCCGGAACGUAUAGCGCCCCUGCGCGAACGGCAACUGGCCAUGGCAGUACAGGCCCAGGGAGGUGGAGCCUUCCCCGAGAAGGCUGCCCGCGGUACACCCAUUAAACGGGCCAAAUGGCAUUUGGGUAUACGUUCGCAGAGUAAACCCAACGAUAUUAUGUUGGAGGUUUAUCGUGCCAUGAAAGCCUUGGAUUAUGAAUGGAAAAUCAUCAAUCCCUAUCAUGUUCGGGUGCGCCGUCAAAAUCUGAAAAAUGGUACCUAUUCCAAGAUGUCUUUGCAGCUAUAUCAGGUGGAUGCCAAAAGUUAUUUGCUCGACUUCAAGUCGCUGACCAACGAUGAAGUGGAACAGGGUGAUGAUGUUAUUUUGGAAAGUCUAACACCACCACCGUUGAGUCACUCCGGGGUAAUGCCACCCCAGCCCACGGGCCAUCAUACAAUGGAAUUUUUUGAAAUGUGUGCUGCUCUUAUUAUACAGCUGGCCCGUUGAAGUGGAGGUGGGACUAUUUUUCAAAAAAAAAAAAAUUAUUUUCAUAAUUUUAUAAGCUAUCCCAAAGUCGUACUAUGUAUCAGCUCAAGGCGUCGUAAUGGCCUUGAUAUAUUCUAUCUAUCGUAAAUGUAAACGAAAACUACAUGCAUCAAAAUAAUUAUUAUUGUUGUUUAUUUAGAAAUUAUUAUUAUUAUUAUUCUAUUUUAUAUUCCAAAUAUAUAUCUUUAAUCGCCCCUCACCCAAAAAUUGUCUCUCUCCCCACGCUAUUGGCUUUUAAAAAAGAAAAUUUUCUUUGUUGGCUUGUUUUGUUGAUUUUCUUGGAAUUUUAAUUUUUAAAAUAUUAUUAGUGUUUUUUUUUAAAUAUGCAAAUAUUUAAAGGCAACCACAUAGCCAUUUUAUUUUAUUUUUAUUUUCUUUCAAAGGCAAUAUCAUCUAAUGUAUGGCAUGAUUUAUUAUUUUAAUUUUUUCUCUUUGUAUUAGUAUUGUAAGUUUUAUUUCUUCUGUUAAUAAAGGUUAAGUGCUAUUCAGAAAAAAAGUAUUAACAAAAAAUGGAA